AUGCUGCGCAUGCGCCGUCAGCAGUGGCGGCGAGGGCGACUGAAUUGUUUUCACAACGACAGUGUCACGGAGGAGUCACACUGGGGUGACACGGGGACUAUUGCUCUUGGCCUUGAGGGACGCUCGCUGGGCCGGAUGGAGUCCGUCUGUAUCAUCACCCUUGCCACCUACUCCGCGGUGUACACUAUCGACGUCGUCAUGCUUGGUGCAGAAGCGCUGCGAGUCGGAUCGCCCUUGAAGCGUGUACUCGAGUUGCGUGAGAUUAUGAAGUUGAUGUUUGACGUCCGCUCCGACUGCGACGCACUCUUUUUUACUUUAUUGUAUGCUCUUGCAGGCCGUGUGCGACUGGAAGGUCUCCUCGUGCUUUCCGCUCUUCUCGACGUCGUGGCAACUCCAUGGCAUGAAAGGCGUUUUUCUCACCUGGGGACUCUUCAUGAUGAGGACACCGGUCGUCUCCUCUUCAAUCCGUGCUGUGGCGGUAGUUUCGACCAGUGGAGGAGCGUCCUCCUCGAAGAUAUUCUCGUGCAGUACUGUGGUGUCGAUGUCACAUACUUCUUCCUCGCUCAACUGACGCUGUGGGACUACGUCGAGCAGGGCUGUCGACUCGGCGGAGCUAAGUUGGCCUCCGUCUGCGCAGGGAACUUUCACAGCUGCUCUGUGGGCAACUCACUACGCGACUUUGACGUGGUAUGA